UGAUCUAAGAGAUCAUAGAUAUAAUACAUUUGUACGUAGUUGGUUCUUCAUUACGCAAUGUGGAUUUUGGUAUUAUCGCUAAUUUAGUUCACCACAGUGCAUGGGGGCGAUGAGCUACAGUUUUGCCCUCCAAAUCUCCAGCGAUCUACAUUUCUGAAGACAUAUAAUGGACAUUGUUACGAGUUCAAGAUCCAUCGGCAUGUGGAAUGGACCGUUGCAGAAAAUGACUGCAGUUCCAGAGGAGGAACUCUGACUGUCGUCAAUAAUAUAAAAGAACAAUUCUUCAUCAUGUCUGCAUUGAGAUCCUUUCCUUUCCAUGGUCAGGGAGUUUGGAUUGGAUUAACUGAUGCUCAACAGGAAGGGAAAUUCACUUGGAUUAAUGGAGAGGCGUCGUCUUUCACAUACUGGGCACCGGGACAGCCCGGAGAGGUGGAGUUACCCGGUGUCGGUAAAAAACGUUUUCUUUUGGACACCCCGACGGGAGGAGGCCCUUAUCAGAUAGAUGAAGACUGCGUCCUCCUGAAAUACUCGGACUCAGGUCACUGGCACGACUAUCCCUGUGUUAAGCUGGAUCCACUAGGCCUUGUACAUGAGAACUAUCCAUACGUUUGCGAAUACAACCGAACUCCCGUUCUAACACUCAUCACAUUAGGAACAUCCAUGAGGCCGUCAACGCCGAUACCCACAAGCACCACCACAUUAGAUGGGGGCGAUGAGCUACAGUUUUGCCCUCCAAAUCUCCAGCGAUCUACAUUUCUGAAGACAUAUAAUGGACAUUGUUACGAGUUCAAGAUCCAUCGGCAUGUGGAAUGGACCGCGGCAGAAAAUGACUGCAGUUCCAGAGGAGGAACUCUGACUGUCGUCAAUAAUAUAAAAGAACAAUUCUUCAUCAUGUCUGCAUUGAGAUCCUUUCCUUUCCAUGGUCAGGGAGUUUGGAUUGGAUUAACUGAAAGUUUGGAUUAA